UGACCAAUACGACUAGGGUAUAAAUAAUAUAUUAUUAAUUAAAUUUCAGUUCUAUAUAUAUCACGUGACACUACUCCAUACCGAACAUUCCAUUCCUCUGACCGAGGCCACAGUAUCCAAUUCCGAUGGAGCAUCCAUGCACCUUUCGACCUUCCUUCAAGGCACCUUCUAGCUCAACCCUAACGCACCAUAGACCCAGCAAUCCUUCCACAAGUCUACCAAUUUCUCUCCACGCAACGCGCAGCAAUCAUUUUCAUCCCGCCCUCAACUCUCACCCACCAAAAACUCGCCCUCACAUUCCUCCCUCUAACAUGGUGCCUCCACACCUGUUCCUGGACCAUCACUGGGCCCAGCCUCCCAUCCUCAAUUCACGCUCUCUGGGCUACCGAACUUUUACUCUUCUCUAAACAACGAGAGAAGUUCUAGCUCAUCCACCGUCCGAGAAGCGGCGCUCCAUUCGCGGUUCCGAGUUUGAAGGCCGGGGAGCAGAAAGAGAUGGAGGGGCAAGGGCUGACUUGGAAAGAGGUUCAUCCGGGAGGAACUCGGAAACGGUUUUGGUGGGUGUUCAAGCUGCAGUUGAGUGUGCGGUAUAUCGGCAGGGAUGUUGGAGAAGGCAAGAUCGAGCCAGAAGGAGGGAUUAAGUCGUCGAAGAGUGGGCAUCAAGUUGUGUGGUGGGCGAAGGGGAUAGUAUUUGUGGGAACCCGCUUACGUGUUCGAGAGUUGACGAACAACUACCGGCACUUCGACCCUUAUUUCCAAAUCGAGGUGGAUACCCGAUGGAGCGUUUUCCGAGAAUGGCGAGAACUUUUCUCUUGGAGUAUUUUCUUGGUAUCAUCCCUCCGAGACAACUUCGGGUUCUCGUCAUAUCGGCAGUAUACCGAUGUCGCCGUGCCACGUGAUAUAAUGGCGAUGAUUGCUGUGACGUUGGGUAGAUUCGGGAUCCUCGAUGACUUUUGGGAAGGUGUUGAGAGCUGGCCUUCCUUAAUGGGUAGUCCGCUUGCGGCCUUGGAGUGUGGGUUGAGAGGUUUUUGGGGAGAAUCUUGGCAUCAAUCGAAUCGAAAUGUGAGACCUCUUUCUAAACUUGACAUUGAACCCUUGCUGAUGAAUGCAGAUUUUGAUGAGUCCCGGGAAAGCACUGGGGCGUAAGCUAGGCGUUUGCCCGAAAUCUCUACAGGCGUAUGGAUUACAGGCGAUGGUAGCUUGUCUUGUGUGAUACAUGCUGCUGCACUUCCUCGCGACGCGUCGAAAAACGCUGUUCUGAGAUAUUUCGGCUUCUUCCCGAUUCACGCUGUC